AUAGUGUGAGUUGCUGUUUCUCAUCUUUAUGGACGUUAACAAGGGCAUAUAUCUUUCAAUUUGCGACAGGCGCCUUUGGCGAUAGUCACGAUUGGCCAGACAUGCGGGAGCACGGAAUAGCGCACGAGAAGGCUGUGAGCAACAGCUGAUCAGUGCUGCAUUGUCUUCCGUCGUGGUUGGCUGCUCUGUGCAGAAAUUACUAAGGUCGACUGAGGCGACUGAGGCGGUGCGAUUGUUUGUGCGUGCUGCAGGUUUAACUUCCCAGUUGACAUUUCUAGUGAGUUCAGUCGCUGGUUUAUCACGAAGCGAGAGCUGUGUAAUAUUUUUAAAGCAAAUCGAGAUUCAGACAAAAUGGAAAAUAAACAAAUAAAAAAAUCGAUAUUAAGAAAAUUAAGUUCCGCAGUAAUUGGGAGACUUGAAAGCUUCUUUUACAGGUUUGGCUUCGCCAUUGGCUGUCACCCAUGGCGCACCAUACUCGGAUGUUUGAGCUUGGUGGCACUUAGCAGCCUCGGUAUUCUUCGGUUCCAUCAGGAGAAAGAUCCUAUGAAAUUGUGGAUUCCUCGGAAUUCGGACUUCAUUCAUGAUACGAACUGGUUAGUGAAUCAGUUCCGAGAAGGUCAACGCGUCCAGUCGAUACUCAUCACGGCUCCCAAUGUGCUUGAACCCCAAGUUCUGCGAAAGUUGGAAGAUAUCCAGCAGAAGUUGGAAAAUCUUAAUGCUGAUGGCAUUACAUGGGAAGAUGUAUGUUUCAGAAUUCCUGUAGUGGAUUUCAUUUUUAAGCGGCGUAAACGAGAUGAACGUGAGAAUCUCAUUUUAGAUAAAGAUCAUGUGGAUUAUGAGAAAGAUUCUGUGUUUGAUCUUGGAAGCCUCCUGGGAGAUGACAUGUACUGCAGAAUUAUAAAUAAACUGGACACUGCAUGUAUGGAGCACAGUGUGCUGGAGCUCUGGAAGUUCAGUCAGCAGAAGAUACACAACUUGACAGAGGAGAAGAUAAUCAAGGCCUUAAACAGAACUACUGUCAGUCCUGUGUAUGGACACUCUACAGACUAUGUGCAGCUUCUGGGUGGAAUCAGGAGAAAUGGAACAGGACACAUUGUUGGGGCUUCUGCUUUGCUCUCGCUAUACAUGGUGCAUGUAGACUUCCUGUCUGUCAACUUUGAUGAGAAUGGAAAUGAAGCAGGAACAGCUGACUGGGCAACUACACCAAUUUUGAAAUGGGAGCAGAAAUUUAUGGAUAUGAUGGAGAAUGUGACCAGACAUGCACAAGAAAUUGAAGUGUUCUAUGAGGCAGGAAGAAGCUUUGCAGAUAUCAGUGCUGCUGCCAUGUUCCAGGAUAUCGACAAACUCAUUAUUGGUAUAGUCAUGAUGUUCAUAUAUAUACAGUUAAUUGUGUCGAAGUUCAACUUGGUGGAAUGUAGGCUUCUUGUUGGCAGCAUUGGUUUGCUGUGCAUUUUGAUGGCAUUUAUAGUUGCCUGUGGGUUUUGUUCCCUGUUGGGUAUUUCAUAUGGACCAGUACACACAGCAUUGCCAUUUUUACUACUUGGAAUAGGAGUGGAUGAUAUGUUUGUGAUAGUAACUUGCUGGAAGAAUUUAAAUCUUGGAAAUAAUCAAGCGUCUUUACCAGAGAAGAUUGGACGAACACUGCAGCAUGCAGGCACCUCUAUUACUGUCACAACAGUGACUGACAUCACAGCAUUUCUUGUAGGAUCCUUGACAAUUUUACCUUCCCUGCAGUCUUUCUGCUUGUAUGCAGCUGCUGGCCUUCUGAUGACUUACAUUUUCCAAGCAACAUUCUUUGUUGCUUGUUUUGUGUUGGAUGAGAGGCGUAUUGAAAAAAACCAUAACUGUGCACUGAUAUGCUACAAGCACACCAACUACAAACCUAACCCCUGCAGUGAGGUUGAAUAUUCAAAGCAAUUCCUGUACAUAGUAUAUUCAAAAGUAGUGUUCACUAAACCAGGCAAGUUUUUGGUGAUUAUACUAACACUGGGACUUGCUGCAGCUGGUAUCAGAGGGUGUAUCCUCUUAAAGCAGAAAUUUGAUCCAAAUUGGUUUUUGGCAAAACAUACACACCUUUACAAGUUCAAUAUGGAGAGAGCAAAGUUCUUCCCGGAUAUUGGACAGGAUGCCGAAAUUUAUUUUGGAAGACUGAAUUACAGUGCAGAGCUUCCAAAUAUCUACAGACUUUUAACACAGUUCAAGAAAGAGGAGAAUAUUAUUAAAAAUCUGGAAGAGUGGUACAGUGGAUUUCGAUAUUAUGUUAACAGGAAUAUAGGAAAAGACAUAGCUACAGAUAUUCUGUCCGAUGAUGAAUUCAGCACUUACAUUUCAAAAUAUCUGUUUAGCCCAAUUGGAUCGAAGCACCAAAAAAACUUUCGUUUUGAUGGACAUCUGCGUUGUGGACAGCCUGCCCCACCUAUCACUGUUUCAAGUUUUGACUUUAAGUUCAAAUUAUUUGAUGGACCAGAAGAGUUUCUGCCAGCUAUGAACAAAGUGAAGAAGUUGCUUCAUGAAUCAAAUUUUACCACAGGUGACCGCUUUUCUACUGUGUGGGGUAAAGUUCUUGCUAACUGGGUUACUGAUGAGGUAAUAGAUACUGAGUUGUAUCGCAACUUGUCACUAGCAUGUGUCUGUGUGAUGGUAUGCACACUGCUGCUCAUCAUCAACAUUAUGGCAUGUCUCUCAGUGUUCCUGUGUGUUCUUCUUACGCUGGUGUCUGUAGGGGGAUUCUUGCAUUAUUGGGGCCAAACAAUUGACAGCACUUCCUGCAUUGGGCUGCAGCUAGCAACAGGGCUGUGUGUGGACUAUGCUGCUCACAUAUGUCUGGCUUUCCUAUCACGGACUGGUACUCGAUCAGCCAGGGCACUGGAUGCAGUAACAAGCAUAGGGCCAGCCAUUUACAGUGGUGGACUCUCGACAUUACUAGCAAUUAGCAUGCUUGCACUCUCUGACUCAUACAUCUUUACAUCUUUCUUUAAGAUUUUUUUCCUAGUUGUAAUGUUUGGCCUGUUCUACGGCACCAUGUUCUUGCCAGUGCUCCUCAGUCUCAUUGGGCCAAAACCAUAUGAAUCUCUACAAGCCACAGCACCACAGCCUGAAGAAAUGAAAGUGUACAGCCUUUGUAAUGCAGAAGAGCCUAGUUGAGGAGGGCUGCAAGAUGUGUGACUCUCUUUUCCAAGACUGUCCAACUUCUCAGAGCUCUUCUCACUGCUGUCCCAUGGGAUUGGUCCAAUGCCUGCUGUUGGAGGCCUGCUGCAUAUUCUGUUUUGGUUUCUCAUGAAACUGAAGGAACAGGUGCUACUUUAGAAUGGUAACCUUUCUCACAUUCAGUGUAACAUGGUGUUCAACUCUCAUUAGAACACCGUGCAAACUGCAGCUGAUCCCCUUAUGUAUAUUGUGUUAUUUAAUAAAAAAAUGAAUGGAUAA